AUGUAUCUCCGCCGCGGCCGGGCGUUCCCUUCCUUCCUUGAGGUCCGGAACGACCUCCUUCUGGAGAAGCUCAAUGCCGUCAACUGCAUCUCCGUGCACUCCACUGCCCUCGUCGCCUCGGCACCCACAGCCUCUCGGCCCCCUACACCAUCCCCUGCGCCCAAGUCGAGCAAUCGCUCCCGAGGCGGGUCCAGGGGCUCCGUGGGCUCCAGCGGCUCCUCCAAGUCUUGUCGCAGCAAGCGCGACAAGGUCUCUGGCAACAGCGGCGGCGGCGGCAGCACCACCCCUCCUUCCAGCGGUGGUGGCGGCAACAGGGGGGCACCUGCGCCCUCCACCGGGACUCUGGCCCCACUUGGGCCAUGGCCGUCUCUGCUGAACCCCUGGACCGGGUCCAUCCAAAUGUGGCCCGGCCAGCUGGGGUUCGCGUCUCAACCCGGCCCGCAGCCGCAGCAGGCCAUGCUGGCCAUUUAG